UGCAUGGGACGCAUAUAGUUUACGUAUCGCCUUUGAUAUUAUAGGCGACACUAUAGAGUUAAUCUUAUGUGUCCCCUUCGAAUUAUAGGCGACUUGUUAGAUAUAAAUUAAGUUUUUUUUUAUCAUGUUCCCGCCUCAAAGAGACUAUUAAGCGCCUAUUUUAAAAAAAAUAUUAAAAAUACUUAAAACAAAAAAAUUUCCCUCAAAAAAAAAGUCCUACACCUAAACUAAUUCUGAGUUAGAAGUUCCCUCAUAAAAACCCUCCAUCCACCUAAAUCUUUCUAUCAGAGAAAACCUCCAGUCCUCCACCCACGAAAUACUCCAAACCCCACCUCCAUCAGCGAAAACCUCCACCCACGAUACUCCAGAAAUUGAAGCCCGACCUCCAUCAAAAAAUUGAGGACGAAAUUGCUACGAAACUUUCAGACACAAUCGGCACCGCACGACCGUCUUCGGCACUCAAUUGGUUGAAAUCUUACUAUUGGGAUUCUCAGAAGAGUGCAAUUCCAUACCAUAGUGCAAAAGUGAAUUAUUCGUUGUUGGCAGCCUAAUCUGGUACUCUUUUUCUUCUUCUUUGGAUUCAUCUUAGUACCCGUGUGAAGGACUGAUUUCUAAGAGCUGCUGUUGGGUUUUGGGCUUCUGCCUAAGUGGAUGCUGGUGAAUUGAAGGCUAUUAGGGCAGCUUCAGCUAAUUUCGUUUACCUCGGUUGACUUAACUAGCUUAUUUUUUGUGUUUAGUUUUCUGUUAUUUUGAAUAGAUUUUAGGCUAGCUUUAUUCUUUUAAGCUUGCAGCUUGUUGCAGGCCUAAGUGGCAGUUUGAGCUUGUACAAACUUGAAAGCGCUUUUGAUUAAUAUUUUUUCUUAUUUACCAAAAAAUAUUAUGGUUAUUUAUUUUCCUAUUUCAAUUAUGGUUAUUUAUUUUCCUAUUUCAUUUUAAUACUUGAAUUGUACUGUGACUCACCAUAAACCAAUUCUUUGUUAGGAAUUAUUAAUUUUUAUGGCUUCCGGAGAAGAUCAUCCUCCUUCUCAGGGGGAUACACAGGAGAAGACGAAGAAAAGCACAAGUCACAAAAGGAGAGGGCCUACAACGGCGAAGUAUAUCAUGGAAGAUGAUGAUGGACCAUAUGCUCUUCAGUGGAGUGACGAUGGUUCUGCUAUUGGAGAAUUCAUGAAUAGGUACAUAGCCUAUACUGGGUCAAUUACUCGUUCAAAGGUGAAGAUUCACAUUACACACUGGAGCAUGGUUGAUGAGGAAAUAAAGGAAAGAUUAUGGGUUUGUAUCAAGAAAUUAUUCUUGUGUGAUGACAACAAGAAAGAAUUUAUGCUGAGGGAUUGCAAUAAAAGGUGGAAGGAUUUCAAGACCAGAUUGACGAGCGCGUAUUUCAAUAAAUGCACAAAAAAUGAAGUGGACAACCCACCAUGGAAGGAAUAUGCAGGCAUUGAUGAGGAAGAUUGGAAAGUCUUUAAAGAGCAACGUGAAUCAGAUGAAUUCAAGGUUACCAGUGAAAGAAAUCGAGCUAACCAGGCCAAGAAUUUGUAUCCCCAUCACUUGGGUCGCGGUGGAUAUGGAAAACUAGAAGAACGAUUUGUCCAAGAGCAACUGAAAAAGGCCAUGUUGUUUGGUGCAUCUUCUUCAAAGGGUGUUAAAUCAGGUGAAACACCUGUAGUAACUCCAAGACCUCGUUAUGAAAGGUGGAUGGAUGGAAGAAAGGACAAGAACGGGAAUAUCCCUAAUGAGAAAACGAAUUUGGUUGUAGAGAAGCUCAAUGAGCUAAGGGAAAAGGAAAAAUCAGGGGAGUUUGUUUCUCAUGGAAGCCAUGACAUUUUAACUGAAGCGCUUGGAAAUCCUGAGCAUGGAGGCCAUGUAAGGGGAGUGGGCGGAAAAGCAACGCUUACAUCAGUUUUUAAAAGAAAGAGGCGUUGUAAUCAAACAGAGGGUAUGCUUACAAUUAAACAAGUGGAAGAAAUUAUAAAUUUCCUCACUCAACAAGUAUGGGAGCAGACAAGGGCUAAAAUGAGAGUUGUUACCCUUGAUGUCUUGAAAUCUUGUGGUAUACAAGUACCUAAAGAUUUGGAGGUUAAUAUGAUUGAUGUUCCCACUCGUAGUAGUUGUCAGUCUGUUGAUCCCGAUCCUUUCGCGAAUGGCUCUAAGGAGUCAAUUCCUUGUGAUAUAUUAGUACUUGAAGAAAGCUCUGGAAAUCGAGUUGUGGCAACAGGUACAUUGUUGAAAAGCGUACCAGGGGAGCUUGUUCAUGGCGUUCCAUUACUUGAAGAUCAUGUCAAGGUGAAAAUCCUACAUGUUGUUGAAGGUGAAGAGAAUACACCUCUACCCUUGCCUUUUUUUGGGCACGAGUCCCUUGGUGAGAUAAAAGGAAGUUGGGCUCAGUGGCCUCGUUCACAAGUCAGAUUAUCCAUUGAGAACUUGAUCGAUCAACCACCACCACCAAAGAAGAUUAGAAAUAAUCUAAUGGAGGGUAAGAAACUAGUUGACACCGGUUCAGCUGUUGAAUCUCGUUUUAAUGAUAAUGAAGAAGAACUCGCCCCCUUCUUUAUUGGCAAGGACAUGUUUUUGGCAUUGCCAAAUAGCUGCAAGCAAUUAUACAACUUGUAUAAGAAUCGAGAUGUUGAUUUCAGCGUUGAUGUUGAUUUCGAAGAGGAUAUCUUAUACUAUCCUGAUAAAGUUUCUUUUACUGCUUACGUGUUUGGUGAUGAUAUUAAGAAAUUACUGAACAUGGAAUACAUACGUACAUCUUGUGUGGAUAUCUGGAUAAGGUUUUUGCAAAACGAGAUCACGAAAAACAAGCUCCAAGAAGAAGUUGGAUUUUUUUGUCCGCAUAAGCUAGGGCUGGUUAAACUUCGUCCAAGUAUCCACACAAAAUAUGUGAAUCAUUCAAUUACCAAGCAAAGUACGAAAAAAUAUAUACUUGCCCCGAUCCGUCAAGAUAAAUAUCAUUGGAUGUUGGUUGUGAUUUGCCUUGAAAGAGGGUAAGCCUUUUUCUUUGAUUCCAUGGCUGAUGGGUCGUUAGAGAAUUUGCAUACCAAAGGCUCCUUGUCUGUCGCAUAUAGGACUUUAAUGAACAUGGACAAAGGAUCUCGGAAAACGAAGCUAACGUGGAAGGUGGUUAAGUGUCCUCGUGCUCAACAAGUUGGGCUAGUUGAGUCCGGCUAUUAUGUCAUGAAGUAUAUGGAUCAAAUAGUAUCUCUUGUAUCGAAAAAGGAACGUGAUUUUCAAAAGAAUUUCACUCUGGAGGCAUAUACUCAAGAAAUUAUCGAUGAUGUUCGUGAAAGAUGGUGUAGAUUUUUCAUUGAUAAUUGUUUAUAGUUAAUUAAUUUCAAUUUGACACUUAGUUGACAUAAACUUCUCAAAUUCGUGUCCAGGAUUUUCUAAUAUGUAAAAGUACAAUCAAAAGUAUUAUGUAUGACUUUUAUCAAUUUUUGAGAUUAUAUUGCAGUGGUUUGAAUUUUUAUUUA